AUGGUGACAGACAAGAUCUACAACUGGUGCAAACAGUCUGAAACUGUAACCUCAGAACUAGCAAAGGAUCCAUCACAAUGCCCGGGCAAAAUUUUCAAAGAUCUCUAUGAGACCCAUGAUCACACUCUACAAUCCAAAAAGUCCAUUGACGGGGUAAACCCCUCGUCAUAUGAGGUUUCUUCCACCCAGGAAAAGGACGAACUGCAAAAAGGAUUAUCUUGCGGAAACUGGGGAGCGUCAGCGCCAAGUGAAUUAUUCUCGAAGGUUUACCAUGACGCAAUUAGCUCCUUGGAAAAAGGUCCUUCUGCAGGGGCGGUUUCGCCUCCUUUGAUGGGAAGCACGGGAGUUGUUCCGUUGACUAUAGUCGCGCCCUUGCCAGAUCUUUGUCGACAUCUUGCAAACUGUAUAGCUCGAGCCAAACAUGAGGUCUUCCUCGGCACGAACUUUUGGGUUUACUCGGAUGCAUCAACCCUAGUUACCAAUGCUAUCCGAGAAUUGUCCGACAGAGCCGGAGAGCGUGGCGAGAAAGUUAUCAUGAAGAUGGUCUAUGACAGGGGGAAUCCACGACAGGCGUGGGAAAACCGACUGAGUGUCCCGGAAGAGGAAUAUUCAGUGGGAAAAGUUCGACUCCCUGCUGCGGAUGAAAUCCCCAACGUCGAUCUACAAGUCAUCAAUUACCACCGACCGAUCUUUGGCACCUUCCAUGCAAAAUUUACCGUCAUUGACCGGCGCAUAGCUCUAUUACAGAGCAGCAACAUUCAAGACAACGAUAACCUGGAAAUGCUCGCACAUAUUGAAGGACCUAUCGUAGAUUCCUUCUAUGACGCGGCACUCCUGUCAUGGGGAAAACCUCUCGACCCGCCUCUGCCGCUUCUAAAUUCCCCCGCUAAAGAUGCUCCAAUUCCUUGUCAUGAGGCUAGAAGCCCUGAUCUGGUCUCGGAAGAAACGGCUGAGAUCCUUCCGGAACAUACCACGGAAAUGCAGUACUAUGACACAGACAUGGCCCAGGAAGCACGAAGAGUCAAUAGCUGUGUUUAUCCAAGGGAGGGAGAAUCUCCAACACAAGGUGUUACUCGCCAUUUGAAUACUACGAUCCAGCCUGAAACAACCGGGGAUGCCCUUGACAGUGAUCAAGAAGUCAGAAUGACUCCAUAUAAGUUGCUGCCGAGUCAUGACCCAGUACCCAUGGCCCUUGUGAAUAGAGAACCAUACGGAGCCCCCAAUCACAACAGCACCCACACACCCCAGGAUGCGGCCUGGCUAUCGGCAAUCAAUAAUGCCCAGCAAUCUAUCUUCAUCCAAACACCCAAUAUGAAUGCAGAGCCGCUGCUCGAGCCCCUUCUGAAUGCUGUACGCCGUGGUGUCAUUGUGACCUGCUAUUUGUGCCUGGGAUACAAUGAUGCAGGAGAGUUGUUGCCAUUCCAAAACGGCACGAACGAAAUGAUCGCAAAUAGAUUGUACAACGCUCUUGACUCCGAAAAGGAAAAAGAGGGGCUUCGGAUAUUCUACUAUGUGGGCAAAGACCAAACAAAACCGAUCCACAACUCAUUCAAGAAGCGCAGCUGUCAUAUUAAGUUGAUGAUUGUCGACGAGCAGAUUGCUAUACAAGGAAAUGGAAACCUCGAUACACAGUCUUUCUUCCACAGUCAAGAGGUCAAUGUCCUGAUUGACUCAGCCUUGAUUUGCAAGGAAUGGCUCGAAAUAAUUGAUCGCAACCAGAACACAGCCAAGUACGGUGCUGCUAGCGUUGAGGAUGGAUGCUGGCAUGAUCCUGUCACGGGCGGAAUUCCACCAGGGUCUAUUGGUACUGAUCCUGGAAGGUUCAGCUGGGCACGUGGAGUGGUUGGUGCCGUGAAGAGAGUGAGGGGAGUCGGAGGAUUUUAA